AUGGACGAGCUUUUCGACGUAUUCGAGGACGGCGCGCAGCAAAAUGCGGCGCCCAAAAAGAGCAAGAAGCGCCAGGCAAACGGUGACGUGAAAUCGCCUGUGGAAGACGCACAUAUGUCCGACGCACCCGCCGAGGUGCCUGAAGCCGCACAGGAGGACAGCACCGAGAACGAGUCCGCACAAAUCCUCAAGAGGCAAAGGCGCGACGAGGAACCCGAGCCAAUUGUGACGGACGACUUCGAGACGGAACAGUCGCGUGAGGUCGCUGCCGCUGCGGGGCUUCAGGCGACUCAAGACGGACAGGCUGUCGUGCUCUCGCAUCAAGUCCGCCAUCAGGUCGCCCUACCACCCGACUACGACUACGUACCCAUCUCUGAGCACAAGCCGCCACAGGAGCCUGCACGCACAUGGCCCUUCACUCUCGAUCCUUUCCAGCAGGUCUCGAUUGCAUCCAUCCAACGGAACGAGAGUGUCUUGGUGUCUGCGCAUACGUCGGCUGGUAAAACAGUCGUGGCAGAAUACGCCAUUGCGCAGUGCUUGAAGAACAACCAGAGAGUCAUCUAUACCAGUCCCAUCAAGGCGCUCAGCAACCAAAAGUACCGCGAAUUUAUGGCCGAAUUCGGCGAUGUUGGUCUCAUGACGGGUGACGUUACCAUCAACCCUACGGCAACAUGCUUGGUCAUGACUACUGAGAUUUUACGAUCCAUGUUGUACCGAGGCUCGGAGAUCAUGCGCGAAGUCGCCUGGGUCGUGUUCGACGAGGUGCACUACCUACGAGACAAGUCAAGAGGUGUCGUUUGGGAAGAGACUAUCAUCCUGCUGCCGGACAAGGUCCGCUACGUUUUCCUUUCAGCCACGAUCCCCAACGCUAUGCAAUUCGCCGAGUGGAUCACCAAGACGCAUGGCCAGCCAUGUCACGUUGUUUACACAGACUUCCGACCGACACCUCUACAACAUUAUUUCUUCCCACAAGGCGCCGACGGUAUUCACCUGGUCGUCGACGAAAAGGGCGUGUUCCGGGAGGAGAACUUCCAGAAGGCCAUGGCUUCGAUUGCCGACAAGGCUGGCACCACUGCCGACGAUAAGUUGGCCAAGAUGAAAGGCAAAGGCAAGAACAAGAAGACCAAUACCGGCGGAAAUAAGGAGCAGUCAGACAUCUACAAGAUCGUCAAGAUGAUCAUGGUGAAGAGCUACAACCCAGUCAUUGUGUUCAGUUUCAGCAAACGGGAGUGUGAGAACUACGCCCUUUCGAUGAGCUCCCUUGCCUUCAACGACGAUUCGGAAAAGGCCAUGGUUACAAAGGUCUUCAACAGCGCAAUCGAGAUGUUGUCCGAGGAGGAUCGCGCCCUCCCCCAGAUUCAGCACAUUCUUCCCUUGCUACGUAGAGGCAUUGGUGUCCAUCACUCCGGACUGCUGCCUAUUCUGAAAGAGACGAUCGAGAUUUUGUUCCAAGAAGGGUUGAUCAAAGUCCUGUUUGCCACAGAGACGUUCUCCAUUGGCUUGAACAUGCCGGCCAAGACUGUCGUCUUCACCAGCGUGCGUAAGUUUGAUGGUGUCGCGCAACGAUGGGUGACUCCCGGCGAAUUCAUUCAAAUGUCUGGUCGAGCUGGUCGCCGUGGCCUCGACGAUCGUGGUAUUGUCAUCAUGAUGAUCGAUCAUUCCAUGGAGCCUGCCGUGGCGAACGAGAUUGUUCGAGGACAGCAGGACAACCUAAACUCUGCAUUCCAUCUUGGCUACAACAUGAUUUUGAACCUGAUGCGUGUCGAGGGUAUCUCGCCUGAGUUUAUGCUUGAGAGGUGCUUCUUCCAGUUCCAAAAUACUGCUGGCGUCUCAACCCUAGAAAAGCAACUGCAAGCUCUCGAAAACGAGAGACUGAACACCAUCAUCACUGACGAAGCUACCGUCAAGGACUACUACAACCUAAGACAGCAGCUAGACACACACACCAAAGACAUCCGCGAUGUCAUCAUGCAUCCAAACUACUGUCUGCAGUUUUUGCAAUCGGGUCGAAUGGUCAAAGUCAAAUACCAAGACCACGACUUUGGCUGGGGUGCCGUGGUAGGAUUCCAAGCUCGGAGAGCAAACAAGGGCGAGGUCAUACCACCACAGGAGUCGUACCUUGUCGACGUGUUGCUCUCAGUAGAUGCCAACACAAAGUACAUACCUCAAUCGUCGAACGGUGUGCUGCCGCCAGGCGUUCGUCCACCUCCACCUGGUGAGAAGGGCAAGAUGGAAGUGGUGUCUGUAGUCUUGAACUGCAUAGAGUCCAUUGGCCACCUCCGCGUUUUCUUGCCAAGCGAACUCAAGACGACAGACCAGAAGAACAGUGUGCGCAAAGCUUUGGAUGAGGUCAAAAAGCGUUUCCCUGACGGCAUUGCUGUCCUUGACCCUAUCGAAAACAUGAAAAUCGGAGACGACAGCUUCAAGCGCCUACUUCGGAAAAUCGAAGUGCUUGAAUCUCGCCUGCUCUCCAAUCCUCUGCACAACUCCCCCAGACUUCCAGAACUGUACAGCCAGUACGCGAACAAGAUGACAAUUGGUGACAAGAUAAAGAAGACCAAGAAGGAGAUUGCGGACGCCCUCUCAGUUAUCCAGUUGGAUGAGCUGAAGAGCAGAAAGCGUGUUCUUCGUCGGCUGGGAUUCAUCGACGAUGCUGAUGUUGUCCAGCUGAAGGCGCGAGUGGCUUGCGAGAUCAGCACCGGCGACGAGCUUGUACUCAGCGAGCUUCUCUUUAACCGCUUUUUCAACGAGCUCACGCCAGAACAGUGUGCUGCAUGCUUGAGUUGCUUCAUCUUCGAAGAGAAGAGCAAGGAGGUCCCAGCGCUCAAAGAAGAGCUGGCCAAGCCAUAUCGAGAGAUUCAACAACAAGCUAGGGUCAUCGCAAAGAUAUCAGUGGAGAGCAAGCUUACUGUGAACGAAGAGGAAUAUCUCAAGUCGUUCAAGUUCGAGCUUAUGGACGUCGUAUACGCAUGGUCGAAGGGCGCGACCUUUGCUGAGAUCUGUAAAAUGACCGACGUGUAUGAAGGCAGUCUGAUCAGGCUCUUCCGACGACUGGAGGAGCUAUUACGCCAGAUCGCCCAGGCCUCCAAAGUCAUGGGUAGUGAGGAGCUCGAGCAAAAGUUCACCGCCGCUCUAGACCUCGUGAGGAGAGAUCUGGUCGCAGCCCAGUCUUUGUACCUCUGAGGACCUGAAGGCCCAGCACACUGUACAACAUGUUAUGGACGAGUAUUUGGUAGCAUUUUCCAUGGUCACUUCGACGCUCUGCAAGGUGAGUAUGGCACUUGCGCGGCGUUAUUUUCCUUUGGUGCAGCUCGAAUCAUUGCGCGUGCGCCACUUGACAUACCAGUGUCUCAGGCGAUGCGCAAGGACACUUUGGCGUUGCAGUUCCCAAAGGAAAUGCCGCGCAUUGUGCUUCCUGGAUAGAAAUUCACUAGGUCUGACGCUGCCUUCGGCGGUGAAAGAUCCCCCCAGACAA